AUGCCACCCGCGUCCACUUGGCACAAACCGGUGGUAGCAAAUUCAGCGAUCGCUGGAGCAGGCGCAGGUCGGUUCGCUCUGUUUUCUGCAUCUUCCAUUGGCUCAACCGGGAAGGAACUAGGUCUGGUCAGCAGUGUCGUAACAUGCCCUCUCGACGUCAUUAAGACAAAGCUCCAAGCGCAGAGUACAGUGCAUGGAGCCCAUGGUUAUCUAGGCAUUCGAGGUACAAUUACGUCCAUUUUGAGGAAUCAAGGAAUUCGAGGACUCUAUCGAGGGCUUGGCCCCACAAUACUGGGCUAUCUUCCAACGUGGGCCAUUUAUUUUGCGGUGUACGACGAGACAAAGAAGUGGCUAGGAGACAACGCACGUGGCGACUCUUCGACUGAAGAUGGCCAUCUGAGGAAGCGUCAAGCUUGGGCGACCCAUCUGAUCGCAGCAAUGACUGCAGGUGCAUCUGGGACCAUUGCUACAAGCCCUCUCUGGGUCAUUAAGACGCGAUUUAUGACACAACCACAGGACGAAUUGCAGUAUCGCCACACAUGGGACGCGUUUCGAACGAUUUAUCGUACCGAGGGAUGGAAAGCAUUUUACCGAGGCCUUUUGCCAAGUCUCUUAGGUGUAGCACAUGUCGCGGUUCAAUUCCCUUUGUAUGAACAACUAAAGCAUUGGUUUGCUGAUAGACGAGGUAUCUCCACAGUUCAACUUUCCUCUGGGACAAUUUUUCUCUGCUCUGCUCUUUCAAAAAUGACGGCUUCGGUCGCGACAUAUCCUCACGAAGUUAUAAGGACCCGUCUUCAAAUACAACGGAACCCUCAUAGCGGAGAAUUAGCGGAUACUCGCACAUAUCGUGGAUUUGUGCAAACCACUGUUCGCAUCGUCAGACGGGAAGGGUGGAGAGGUUUGUACAAAGGACUUUCAAUUAAUCUCGUCCGCACCAUACCGAACAACGCAGUAACGCUCGUAACGUGA